AUGGAGAAUGAGGUUGGCAAAUCUGUGGACAAUCAAAUGGACAAAUACAUAGUUACGAUAAUGGGGAAAUCAGAAAGUCAAAUGGAUAUUGUGGAAAAAUCAACAAAAUCUGGAAGGAAAUCCUGGAGCUUUGUGGCAAUCGGUCUGGCUGUCUUGCUGCUCCUCAUGACUUGUGCAGUGGUCGCCCUGGUGAUCCUGUAUGCCAGCAGCAGAGGCACUCGCUAUGGCACCAAUUCAGGCAACGUGUGUACCACACCUGGAUGUGUUACAGCAGCUGCUAGAAUAAUUCAGAAUAUGGACUCAACAGCUGACCCUUGCAAGGAUUUCUACCAGUAUGCCUGUGGGGGCUGGCUGAACCGGCAUGUUAUCCCAGAAACUAGCUCCAGAUACAGCAUUUUUGACAUCCUGAGAGACGAACUGGAGAUCAUCCUAAAAGGUGUGCUGGAGACUUCAGAUCAAGGGGACAGAGAAGCGUUUCAGAAAGCUAAAAUACUUUACAAGUCAUGCAUGAAUGAGAGUCUUAUAGAGCAACGAGAUUCAUUGCCUCUGCUAGAAGCCUUAACAAUGGUUGGAGAUUGGCCAGUGGCUUCUGCAGACUGGAAUAAGACCAAAGAGCCAAACUGGAGCAUGGAAGAAAAGCUCUCCAUAAUGAACUCCAGAUUUAACAAACGUGUCCUCAUUGACAUGUUUGUAUGGAAUGAUGACCGGGAUUCCAGCAGACACAUCAUUUACAUUGACCAGCCAAGUUUAGGAAUGCCAUCCAGGGAUUACUACUUUAAUGGGGGAAACUAUCAAAGAGUGAGAGAAGCUUACCUGCAGUUCAUGAUCACUAUUGCCAAAAUGAUCCGGGAAGACAAGAAUGUGUCUAAAGACGAUUCCUUUGUCCAAGAGGAAAUGGCAAAGGUUAUGGAGCUUGAAACAGAGAUUGCAAAUGCAACUACCCCAGCAGAAGAAAGGCAUGAUGUAACCUUGUUGUACAACAAAAUGACCUUAAAAGAGCUGCAGGAGAAGUUUGCAUUGAAUGAAUUUAACUGGACCUUCUUCAUCCAAGGUGUCAUGUCUUCAGUGAGUGUUCAGGUUGACCCAGAAGAAGAGGUUGUUGUCUAUGGCAUGCCCUAUCUGCAAGAGCUGAAAGCAAUUAUCUCAAAGUACUCAGCAAGCACCAUCCAGAACUACCUCAUUUGGCGACUGGUAAUUGAUCGAGUCAGCAGCUUGAGUCGGCGUUUCAAGGAUGCUCGGGCCAGCUACAGGAAGGCACUUUAUGGGACAACACUGGAAGAAGCCCGCUGGAGGGAGUGCGUGAGUUAUGUCAACAACAACAUGGAGAAUGCAGUGGGAGCAAUGUACGUCAGGGAGACUUUUGCUGGUGAGAGCAAGAGGAUGGUCCGAGAUUUAAUAGAUAAGAUUCGUGAAGUGUUCAUUGAGACUUUAGAUGAGUUACAGUGGAUGGAUGAGGCAUCUAAAGAGAAGGCUCGUGAGAAGGCAAUGGCAAUUAAAGAACAAAUUGGCUAUCCAGAUUACAUUUUGGAAGAUCAGAAUGAAAAACUAGAUCAGGAAUAUGCCAAUUUAAACUUCAGUGAAUACAAUUACUUUGAAAACAUUCUGGAAAACCUGAGAGCUGGAGCCCAAAAGAGCCUGAAAAAACUUCGAGAGAGAGUUGACCAAGACAUAUGGAUAAUUGGAGCUGCAGUGGUCAAUGCAUUCUAUUCCCCCAAUCGGAACCAGAUAGUUUUUCCUGCCGGGAUUCUACAGCCCCCCUUCUUCAGCAAACACCAACCACAAGCCCUGAACUUCGGAGGGAUCGGGAUGGUUAUUGGGCAUGAAAUUACUCAUGGGUUUGAUGACAAUGGCAGGAAUUUUGAUAAAGAUGGAAAUAUGCUUGACUGGUGGAGCAAUUUCUCAGCUAUGCAUUUCAAGGAGCAGUCUCAUUGCAUGGUUUAUCAGUAUGGGAACUACACAUGGGAGCUGGCUGGAGGACAAAAUGUCAGUGGAAUAAGCACAUUAGGAGAAAAUAUUGCAGAUAAUGGAGGAGUCCGACAGGCUUAUAAGGCCUACUUAAAAUGGCUGGAACGGGAGGGGAAGGAGCCAAAGUUGCCUGGACUGAAUCUGUCCCACAAACAGCUUUUCUUCCUCAACUUUGCCCAGGUUUGGUGUGGCUCCUACAGACCAGAGUACGCUAGCCAGUCAAUAAAGACAGAUGUUCACAGCCCUCUGAAAUACAGGGUGAUGGGAUCGUUGCAGAACUUUGAAGCGUUCUCAGAGGUGUUCCACUGUAAAAAAGGCACAGCCAUGCAUCCUGCAGAGAAAUGCAGAGUCUGGUAA